UCUACUUGCAGUUGGCUUUUCAGUGCUUGCUGGGUUAGUGGAUCAUCAAAUUUGCAAGGAACACAGUCAAAAUGAAUGCAGCUAUUGGAGUGAGCCUUUUGCUGUUGGUGGUAGUCACUAAUGGUAAAGUUUUACAAUUCCGUCGUGGCGAAAGGAACCCACAAUGCAAUAUUGUUCCAAUAUUUCGCGAAAAGUGCGGAGAAGACGGCAUAAGCAAAGAAGGUUGUACAGCAUUGGAUUGCUGCUACGGAUUUGCUUCCCUUCCUAGAAUACCCAGAUGUUUUAACAAGAAAGCAGGAGUACCAGUCGGUCCUCCUGGUGGCUCUACUGGGCCUAAGCCGCCAAAGAUGCAAUGUAAUGUCAUCCCUCCUCUUCGAGCAAGAUGUGCAGAUGACAACAUAUCUAAAGAGGAUUGCCUGAAAAAGGAUUGUUGUUACGGAUUCGAUACUCUGCCUAGAAUCCCCAGGUGCUAUCAGCAAGGAUAAGAUAAAUGACGAGUCGGGAAACACCAAAACACAAGGAUGGGUUACAUACUUACAGAUGUAAAACUGAUCUUAACAUCCUAAAAUGGGUAAAUUAAAAUGCUAAGGACGAUGAACAAA